AUGUACUGCGCUCUGAUUCUCACCGGGCUUUUGGCAACAUCGUCUAACUGGUAUGGACAAAGCUCGAACAUGGACCCGCUCAUGUUGGCCAACACAUCUACGCCGGCAUCCACAUCCCCAUCCGACACGUCGACAACUCGCUCAAGCUACGGCUGGCUCGAACUGGGCUUAUCUGGAGGCAGAGGCUUCUUCAGUCCGCUCUCAAGACCUUCAACCGAUGCUGACACUGCUGACAGUGCAGCGCAUACGAACACUGCCAAAACCGAGCCGGACUUCUACCGGCUCUCUAUACCUUGGUCAGAGUCGCAAGUGCAGAUUCCGAAACGCUUCUUCGUGGGAGUCGGCAAACAUCGAGGGCUUGGGGUGUGGAUCGACUUGGGAAGUAGCAAGGAAGACUUUCAACCAUCACCAACAGCUGCACAAGCGUCCUCAAGCCCGUCGUCGUCCGCCACAAACAUGCACGUAUAG